AUGGUUUCGAUAGCAUCUGGCCUCACUCAGGCCCUUCCAAAACCAAAAUAUACAGGCGAAGAUGAAGAGUUACGGGCACAGCAGCGCGGCCCUCGGAUCGUCGGUGCCAACGAAAUCGACAGCACACAGCUCGUCCUAAAGAGAACAGGACCACCCCCAUAUGGAAACCGAGCAGGUUGGCGUCCUCGCGCGCCCGAGGAUUUCGGCGAUGGCGGCGCGUUUCCUGAAAUCCCCGUCGCGCAAUACCCCUGGGGCAAAGGCGAUGGCGCGUCAACUUCCAAUGCGCUCGUGGUGCAAGUCAACAGCGAGGGCAAGGUCGAUUACUCCGCCAUCGCGCGCCAAGGGCACAGCAAAGACCGCAUCAUUCACACUUCGUUCAAGGACCUGAUUCCACUACGACAGCGUGCCGAGGCGGGCGAGUUGGACCUCUCGAGACCUAGCCAGGAGACGGUACAGGAGACGGCCGAAAGGACGAAGAAUGCCCUCGCCAAGCUGGUCAGCGGUGCGGUUGCGGCGCAAAAGCCCAAGAAUGUGAACGUGAAUGGGAGGAGGGACCCGACGUUUGUCAAGUACACGCCGUCGUCGCAGAUGGGGGAUAGUUCCAAGAAGCAGGAGAGGAUCAUCAAGGUGGUGGAGAGGCAGGCGGAUCCGAUGGAGCCGCCCAAGUUCAAGCACAAGAAGAUCCCGAGGGGACCACCGACGCCGCCGCCGCCGGUUAUGCAUUCGCCACCGAGGAAACUGACGGCUGAGGACCAGGAGGCGUGGCGUAUCCCCCCCCCUGUUUCGCUCUGGAAGAACUCGAAGGGUUUCACUGUUCCUCUUGACAAGAGGUUGGCCGCCGAUGGUCGCAACCUCCAGGAUGUUCAGAUCAACGACAAGUUUGCUCAAUUUUCCGAAGCCCUCUUCGUGGCUGAUAGACACGCCAGAGAAGAGGUACGGCAGCGCGCCAUGAUGCAGCAGAGGCUAGCGGAGAAGGAGCGGUUGCAAAAGGAGGAGAAUCUUCGUCAGCUGGCACAACAGGCCCGCGCCGACAGGGCGGGGGGUGGCAGCAGGAGACGGUCAUCUCGCUCCCAAUCUGGGUCUCGGUCUAGGUCCCGGUCUUACAGCGGCUCUGACUAUUCUGGCUCGGAAAGCGACAGCUCUGAGCGUGCGAGGAGGGAGGCUCGGAAGGAGAGGCUCAAGGAGGAAGAGCGGAAGCUCAGGCAGUCACGCAUGGGUGCCGAGAGGAGGGCUCAGGUCAUGGCCCGCGAGAUGGACCGCGACAUUUCGGAAAAGAUUGCUCUCGGUCUGGCCAAGCCGACGCAGUCCAAGGAGGGGAUGUACGACUCGCGGCUUUUCAACCAAUCGAGCGGGUUUAGCAGUGGGUUCAAUGAGGAUAACCCGUAUGACAAGCCGCUUUUUGCGGCGCAGGAUGCGGUUAAUUCGAUUUAUAGACCGAGGGUUAAUCAGGAUGAUGAUGAUGAGGGGGCUGGGGAUAGGGCGAUGGACAGGAUAAGCAAGGGGAAUAGGUUUGGGGAGGCGCUGGGGAGGGGAAAGUUCAAGGGGACGGAGGACAAUGAGCCGAGGGAGGGGCCGGUGCAGUUUGAGAAGGAUACUAGUGAUCCGUUUAAUGUUGACAAGUUUUUGUCGGAGGUGCAGCAGGAGACUGCUGCUGCUGCGGCGGCGGCGAGAUCGGGGAAGAGGGGGUAUGGAUUGCAGCAGGAGGAGGGGGAUAGGAGGAGUAAGAGGACUAGGGUUGAGGAGGAGGAUGAUUGA